AUGUAUGAUACUGUAAUGUCAAUAAGAGACAUACUAUUAAACAAAACUCCAAAUAACAAUUAUUUAGAAAUUGAAUACACUGCAAAAGAAAUAAUGUGUAUGAAAUAUGCACCUGUCACGCCCGUUGAUGUGGAGAGGUCAUUCAGCCGUUACAAAGCAAUGUUAAGACCGAACCGCCGCCACUUUACAUUUGAAAAUUUCAAGCUAUAUGUUGUUUCUAACUGUUUCCCACAUGAAGACUAUGAUGAAUCAGGAUAG